GAACCUGACCUUGAAAGAUGUUUCGGUUGUAAAACAAAGAUGAGCUCGCACUCUGGUGGAGGAUGAUCUUUGUCUACCUGCCAUUGAUCUUCUUCAGCCGUAUUAUUGCCUUCUGCCAUUCGAAGAGAACGUAUGUUCUAUCUCGCGAUUGUCAAAUGCCUUCAAAUUACGGUUCAAUCCUCCACUAUUCCAACACAAAAUACCUUCGCAUCGACAACCUUGAGGGAGGCAUUGUGCUCUACUCACAUGAGCUCACCCACACCGGUUCUCCGAAUCCGAACUCCUCUUCUUCCUCUGUCUAUCCAUACGGCUUUUCUUGUGAAGUACUCGUCCACAGUCCGGUACCGAGUGCCAAGAUUAUGCUCAGAGUGGAACAUUUUUAUGUGCCAUCGGACAGCGACGAUUGCGUGGAAAAUUAUCUAUACGUGUUUGAUUCCAACACUUCCAAGUCAAAAGCUAUGACGGAAGCCGGAGGUGAACGCGGACUUUGCCGCGCCAAUUUUCCUCAUCGCCCCAUCUUCACAACAAACCCCUACGUCUGCAUUGCAUUCCACACCUCAACACGUCCACCGCCCGUCACUUCCACCAAGUCGCCAGGAUUCAGUUUGGUCCUCACAGCGAUUCUCGACACCGACACGCACACAUGCCCCUCCGGUCAUUUCUACUGUGAUUCACGCCCGACUCAAAGCCAUCCGGCACAUCCUUUGAACACCGGGUUGUCCAUAUUUGCGGAUCAGCGCUCCCCAGUUCCUCCAACAGUUCUCUCUGGAUCCGCGUUAUCCAAUCGAGACGCAUCCUCUCGAAUUGGUUAUUGCAUCUCCGAAAAGGCGGUCUGUGAUGGCAUCGUGAACUGUGCGGAUGCUCGAGACGAGUCCUUGAAUAGAUGUGAGGCGAAGGGAGGUUCCAAGAGCUCAAACUGGUGGACGGAUGGAGAUACACCAUCAAACGGUUGGCUAUCCGGUUUCCUAUCACUGGGUAUUCCGGCUUCUAUUGCUGUCGCCGUGAGCGCAAUCAUUACUUUCACUGUGUGUAUUGGUGCAGUGAUUUGCUGUUGCAACCGCUGUUGCAAACCGUCUACACAUACCGGUCCCUAUUCACGUGCUUUUGGCCCUUUUAUCUCGAAUCUUCAGUAUCCUGGAUCCGCGUGGGCUUCCACGACGGGCACUGCAGCCUCACCAACUAGUCGUGGGAACUUGCGUUUUUUGUCGAACGGAAGUCACCAAUUUUCAUUUUCUCCCUACCCUCAGUCAGCUUUAUCCCAGCACUACUACGGCUUUGGGGCCGUGCCUCCGCAGUUUAGCGAUCAGAAACUACGUUUUGAGGCCCAGAAUGACCUAUCGUCCAUACACUCUCAUCUUCAUGAACCCAAGGUACCGUCUUCCGCAAUGUGUUACUCAACUGGACCAUCUAGAUCCACGAACUCUACGGUGCAACCACCGUCCCAGCCGCGUGGUACAGCUAGAGGCGGUGCCCUCCCAACCAUGAGUGUUCAUCAUGUCCAACCUCAUUCUGCCUAUCCGGCACUGUGUGUGUCCUCAUCGAUUCCGGCGCUCGGCACGUCCAGUAGCCCAGGGACCUACCUUCAAGAUCAAUCAUCCACAGAACGCUGUUGCUACACUCCACCUCCUUACGGCGCUUGCGCGGUGCCCCCAGCCAGUAGUGUGACAGCAAGUAGCAGUCGCACUGGAACGAGCGUUGGGAUCACGGGUCCAGUUACGCUUGGAAUUCAUGGAUCUGCAUGCUUAUCAGGCUCUAGAGCUGCAAGCAACUCAGGAUAUGUGGCUUUUACGAGCGCGGACGUUGGUGGUAGCGCAGACAACGGUAGUGGUGCUGAAUUGCGUACUGCAGGCUCCAUAGGAAUGUUAUAUGGUCCGCAACUGAGUGGUGGAGGCAACUCUGCUCUUCACACUAACACUCCGGUGGAAACCAUAUCCCAAACUGGUGGGGAUCUCAUUUCAAACGGCGGAAUCGUUUAUCUUGGUGAGUUAAUUCCGCCCUACGCAAACGACGCCAGCGAUAAACUUCGCUCCAGUUCCUGCGCUAGUGGCGUUAUGGGCGCUGGAUCUACGACUACCGGGAGUGGAGGUAGCUCUCGUGGCCGAGCCAGGUGUGCUCAGCGCCUUCAAUCGAACGAUUCAUCGGCACACUUUCCGUUUUCUCACCCGAUUCUCAAUUCACAAGGUAACCCUGGUGGCUACCGACGCACUACAGCUCCUUCUCAUCGACAACAUCGCCACAGGUAUCACCGCUCAAACGAUUUUGUCCGCACUGGCUCCAGUGGGUCUCACACACCUGCAAGCUCGCGAUGUGAUCCAUCUUCCUCUAAACGAUCUGACGCUAACAACGCCAACAUCCAGACAGUGUCCAACAUUGACCCCCAAUCCCUCAACAAUGCAGUUGUCGCUCCCAUUCAACUGUAGCCACCGUGCGGCCGAUAGCUGUGCAUUUAUUUCCAGUGAUCUUGUGGUCAUUCGGUUGCACCUUCGCCUGUUGCUCACUCCUCAGCCCCUUUCUAGUGAGGUUGACGCAUUUUACAUUUUUUUUUUAACUCUUACUCGAAUUCGCAUUUCCCCAUGCCAUGUCGUUGACUAUGCAUCCAGCUGUGGACAUUUUUUCUAUGCUGUUUGUUUCUCUCAGACAAACCUAUCUUCUUCCUCUUCAUAGAGUUCUACGCAAUCCGUUUCCUCUCCUUAGACCACACACUGUCUUUCAUUCAUCUUUUUCUCUUUCUUUUCUAACAAUUGUUGUUUGGACAAAAGUCAUUGUUCUUUAAAACUAGUGCAAUCGUGUUUCUGUACAGCCAGUAAUUCUGCUCAUAUUUUGCAACAUACUAUUCUUCUUUACGUCAAGACCAGUUUUUCAUGACAACCCAUAUGUGGCGGGGCAAUUACUAACAUUCAUGUAUUUCUGUUGCUUUCUAGUGUAUACUAAAGCGUAUGUUUGGUGAUCGGCGAAAUACUUCAGACGUCUGGCUUGUGAACUAUAACCGUUAGCAGUUCGAGCCUGUGUAGCUGUACAGGUAUGAUCCCGUAGCAUCCGUCAGUCGCUGAACGCGAUCUUUGAAUCUAGCAUGGCAGGGAGACAUCGGUCCGAGAUUCUGGCAUGCCGUUGCUACUUUCCAGAUGCGUCUAACUAAAUUCGUACCACGCUUUGUUCUCAUGCCGUGAGGCCAAUGUGUCCAGUACUGAUUCCUUAUGCAUGUUGUGAGUAUCCAAAAAGAGAACUGGCAGAUAAAAAUUGUGUAUUUAAACCUUACUGUGCUGCAGUUGCUUCAUCGAAUUGAAGCCACUAGCUUUUCCAUGCCAGUGACAUUUGUGACUAGAUUAGCUCUAAUUGACCACUUCAACGCCCUAUGUCACCUCCCUUAUGUUGGUCUCUUGUAAUCGCGCAUCUUCUGUUUUGUUCAGCUUCAUUUUUACCAAAGCGUAUGAUCAAUCCUUUGUUCUGUAACCCACCUGACCACCUACCGUUGGUGGUCUUGAUUCAUUUCAAUGUGUUUGUAUCUGGUGACUUAAGCUUCGAUGCGGAUAUUACUUUUCACCUGUAACAUUUUCACCGAGUCUGAAAUGUGCAUUACCGCGAAGGAAUCCUAUCUUCUACACUGUGUUCUUCAGUUUUACCAAGUAUGAUUUGAUUUUAACCCCUUAGGCGAUUGAACCUCGGCUUCGGACUUCCUUUCUUAAUUCCAAUGGUUUUGUCC